AUGUCUUCCAAAGUACGACGCAUCUCCCUCGGCGGCCUCCCCGAAGUCCGCGUGGACGACGGCUCUGCCUACCACAAGCCCGCUAUGAGCCCGAGCUCGGACUGCGAAUCCGCCGCAAACAAUGCGAGGCUGCUUGCGAUGGCGGCGCGCGUGCAGGCGCUCGAGGCCAAGGUCGAUGCACUGCACGUCAAGCUCGAUGCGAUCAUCGACCACCUGGGCGUCGACCGUGAUUAG